AUGUCGAAUAACUUGGCCGGGCAACUUGUUGGUUCAGAGAUACAUGGAUUCCACACAUUGCAAGAUUUGGAUGUGGGGAGCAUUAUGGAGGAAGCAAGAACCAGAUGGCUUCGUCCCAAUGAAAUUCAUGCCAUGCUGUGUAAUUACAAGUAUUUUACCAUUAAUGUCAAGCCAGUGAAUUUGCCAAAAAGUGGUACUAUUGUCUUAUUUGAUCGCAAGAUGCUUAGGAACUUUCGAAAAGAUGGGCACAACUGGAAAAAGAAAAAAGAUGGGAAAACUGUUAAAGAAGCUCAUGAGCACUUAAAAGUUGGUAAUGAAGAAAGGAUACAUGUAUAUUAUGCACAUGGUCAAGAUAAUCCAAAUUUUGUGCGAAGAUGUUAUUGGCUGCUUGAUAAGAGUAUGGAACACAUAGUCCUUGUUCAUUACCGUGAAACACAAGAGAUGCAAGGUUCUCCCGUCACUCCUGUAAAUUCACACUCCAGUUCUGUCUCUGAUCCUCUUGCACCGUGGGUUGUAUCAGAAGAAAUAGAUUCAGGGACCAAAACCAUAUAUGCUGGUGACAUGAGUGACAAUGUUAAAGACAAAAGUCAUGAACUGAGACUUCAUGAGAUUAAUACACUUGAGUGGGAUGACCUAGUGGAUGCAAAUGAUCAUAAUCCCUCUACCCUACCUAAUGGAGGCACUGUUCCAUAUUUUAAUCAGCAAGAUCAAACUUUACUGAAUGACAGUUUCUGCAAUGUAGUCAACAAUCUAUCUGCAGAAAAUUCUUCUUUUAAUAGUCUUCUUCCUCAGCAAAUUGCUGGGAGCAACAUUGUUCCUUACAGUUUUUCAGAGAGUUCUAAGCUUCAGAUGAUGGGCAAUCAAGCAAAUCCAAACGAGCAGAGGAACAAUACUGUUUCCUUAAGUGGUGUUGGUACCUUGGACCCUUUGGUCAAUGAUAGAUUGCAAAGUCAGGACAGCUUUGGAAUGUGGGUGAACCACAUAAUGUCUAAUUCACCAUGUUCAGUAGAUGACCCAGCUCUUGAAUCACCAGUUUCAUCCGUUCAUGAAUCAUAUUCGUCUAUGGUAAUGGAUGAUCAGCAAUUUUCUCAGCCAGAACAAGUAUUUACUAUCACUGAUGUAUACCCUACAUGGGUGUCUUCCACUGAGAAAUCAAAGGUCCUGGUGACUGGAUUCUUUCAUAAGGAUUAUAUGCACCUUUCAAAGUCCAAUCUAUUAUGUGUCUGUGGUGAUGUUAGCGUUCCUGCAGAAAUUGUUCAGGUUGGGGUCUACCGGUGCUGGGUAUCACCACAUUCUCCAGGAAUCGUAAAUCUCUACUUGAGUUUUGAUGGCCAUAAGCCUAUUAGCCAAGUUGUUAAUUUUGAAUAUCGUACUCUUGUCUUGCAUGAUCCUACAGCUUCAAUGGAAGAGAAUAGCAAUUGGGAUGAAUUUCGACUACAAAUGAGGCUUUCUUAUUUGCUUUUUGCUAAACAAUUGAGCCUGGAUGUUAUCUCCAGUAAAAUAUCACCCAAUAGAGUUAAGGAGGCUAGGCAAUUCGCACUUAAAACAUCAUUUAUUUCCAAUAGUUGGCAGUAUUUAAUCAAGUCAACCGAAGACAACCUGAUUCCAUUUUCACAAGCAAAAGAUGGUCUAUUUGGAAUUGCAUUGAAAAACAGACUAAGGGAGUGGCUUUUGGAAAGAAUUGUUUUAGGUUAUAAGACUACUGAAUAUGAUGCUCAUGGACAAAGUGUCAUUCAUUUGUGUGCAAUUUUGGGAUAUACUUGGGCUGUUUCCUUAUUUUCAUGGUCAGGCUUGUCGCUGGAUUUCCGUGAUAGAUUUGGAUGGACAGCUCUUCAUUGGGCAGCAUAUUGUGGAAGGGAGAAAAUGGUUGCAACUCUGCUGUCUGCUGGGGCAAAGUCAAAUUUGGUUACUGAUCCUACGCCACAAAAUCCUGGUGGUUGCACUGCUGCCGAUCUUGCUUAUAUGAAGGGUCAUGAUGGUCUAGCAGCUUAUCUUUCAGAAAAAUCUUUGGUUCAGCACUUUAAUGACAUGAGCUUAGCUGGAAAUAUCAGUGGCUCCUUGGAAACUAGCACAACUGAUGUAGUCAAUUCUGCAAAUCUUACUGAUGACCAGCAGAACCUGAAAGAUACAUUGGCAGCUUACCGAACUGCUGCUGAAGCAGCUGCUCGCAUACAAGCUGCAUUUAGGGAACACAAUCUAAAACUGAGAACUGACGCUGUUGUGUCUUCCAAUCCAGAGGCUGAAGCACGCCAAAUAGUUGCAGCAAUGAAAAUUCAGCAUGCCUUUAGGAACUACGAGACAAAGAAAAUGAUGGGAGCUGCUGCUCGCAUUCAGUGUACAUUCCGUACAUGGAAGAUUCGUAAAGAAUUUCUCCUGAUGCGCCGGCAGGCUGUUAAAAUUCAAGCUGCUUUCAGGUGCUUUCAACUGCGCAAGCAUUAUCGGAAAAUUCUUUGGUCUGUUAGCGUGGUUGAGAAAGCAGUGCUGCGAUGGCGUUUGAAGAGAAGGGGCUUCCGAGGGCUCCAGGUCAGAACUGUUGAAGUGGGAACCGGAGAUCACGACCAGGAAAGUGUUGUUGAGGAGGAAUUCUUUCGGACAGGUAGGAAACAGGCUGAAGAACGUGUUGAGAGAUCUGUAGUGCGGGUGCAGGCUAUGUUCCGAUCGAAGAAAGCACAAGAAGAGUAUAGGAGGAUGAAAUUGGCCCUAGAUCAAGCGAAGGUGGAACGGGAAUACGAACAACUUCUUAGUACUGAAGUUGACAUGGAACUGAAGGCAUAA